UAUAUAUUUAUGGCGGUAUUUGCGGCGUGAUUCGAUAAUUCAGAAUUAUUUUUAUCCCUGCUGUUUGUCUUCUUUUUUUAAAAUGUCUCCUAGCUUAAAACUAUUUAUUGCUUUAAUUGUCAAUUCGGCUUUGCUAAUCGGAGUACUGGAUGUAAUAUUCAACGUGGAGCGUAAUGGUUGUGAAAUGACAUAUAUGUAUGAAAACCCAGAAUAUAUUAAAGUACCCCUGUCAUCAAAAAUGGUGUCCAAAUUCCCAAAAUACAAUUUGUAUGUCUAUGGAGAAGGCUUUUAUGCAGAAUCAUUAAGAAGCUUCAAUUUGCACGGAAUCCCAGUUUUAUUUAUUCCCGGCAAUUCUGGAAGUCAUAAACAAGUCCGUUCCUUAGCAUCGGUGGCUUUCAGAAAAUCUGAAAAUUUACCAUUCCUUUUCAACUACUUCUCUGUUGAUCUAAACGAGGAAUUUUCUGCACUGAAUGGCGGGACUCUUCAAGAUCAGACAGAAUUUGUUGGGUUUUGUGUGAAAAAGAUUCUGAGGUUGUACAAGAAGGCCCGUAAUCCUCCAACUACAGUUGUUGUGAUUGGUCAUUCAAUGGGAGGACUUGUUGCCCGUGCCCUGUUCACUCUCCCAGACUUUGACAGCAGUUCCAUCCAUACCAUUAUUACUCUGGCUACUCCACACCAAAGUCCAGUGAUUGUAUUAGACAACUAUCUGUCCCGUUUCUAUGAGAAAGUAAAUGGUUUCUGGAUUGACAAUAGCCAUACGUCCCUGGCUAAUAUCACCAUUUUGUCUACUGGUGGUGGUGAACGGGAUUACCAGGUUCCAGUCUGGGCAACGUCUUUGGAUAAUAUUGUCCUGAAUGGUUUAGGAAUCAGCACCACGACCACAUCGAUUCCCAAUGCCUGGGUGUCAACCGACCAUCUUUGUGCUGUCUGGUGUCGUCAAAUUGUAUUAAUCAUAAACCGUGCCUUAUUUGACAUGGUGGACCGAAAUACCAAACAGAUAACUAAUGAUGUCGACUUUAGACUGAAGGUGUUCAAUACUUAUGUCCACAACCAUCCUGGUAAAAUUGGUCCUAUGAGGUCUUGGAAGAAAACGGUCAAUGUUGAAGCUAAUGCUCCGUGGAUUUUGAAAGAAGACACUUCUUUGAGAUAUUCUGAAGAGAAAGUUACUAAACUCAAGUAUGUGGUGAUCCCUGUUGUGACUAAGGAUCUGGACCAGUUUAUUGCAGUUAGCAAUGUGCACUCUGAUUCUUGGAUCUGUGGUUGUAACAUUCCUGAAGGUAAACAACGUUGUGACACAUGCACCAAUCUUGCAGACAAGGGACAUGCUCUUCCUCCCAGGAAUUCCAACAAAAAGUAUGUUCUGUAUGAAGUUUCUGAAUUGGCCGAGUAUUCUCACAUCGUUCUUUUCAUUGUACCAAACCUUCCUCCGUGUUUACCGGUGUUGUUUGAUGGCUGCUGUUUAUGUUGUUAUUGUGAGAGGCAGGACCGAAAUGAUGAUGCUGGCAGCGUUAUGUCAUUGAAAUUUUCUUGGACCAAUCUCUCGACUUACAAGUUUAUUCGGAAGAACGAAGCCGGUAAUAUAACUUUGAAGUUAUUGGUACCAAUUCCAGAUUAUAUCCAUCAACCGGAUGCUUCAUUGCAUUUAUUCCUGAACCCUGACUGUAACUAUGGACUGAAAAUUGACUGGGCUCUGAAAGAGACCCUGGGCCAGGUAAGUGGAAUCUUCUUCUUAGUCCUUCUGGAAUCUCGUGCCAGCUGA